AUGCGCUUGUUGGCGCUCUCGGCCUGCCUUUGCCUCACAGCUGCAGCGAAUUGGACAAACUUUAUGCCUCGCUCCCCCCUAGAGGACUAUCGGGAUAGUCUCAGGCUGUUGCUCCAGAAACUUCUGUGGACGGCGCAUGUGAAGAGCUGCUUUGCAAUCAUCACCGAUGAUCUACACUUUGCAAUAUACGAACGCUCCCUCUUCGAAGCUGCGAGCCGCCAUCCACUGCCCUACUAUAUGGUCCAGCUCGAGGACUCCGAGGACUUGCUGCAGCCACCAGAUGGGAUUGAGAGCGUACUGCGCGCCAUAAAGGCCUACGAUUGUGACUUGCAUGUGAUGACCUUCCUGAAUGGCGGUCAGUUGAAGCGCCUUCUCCGCUUUGUCUACGACAGCAGGUCCUUGAACACUCACCGUAAGUUUAUCCUGCUGUAUGAUGAACGUCUCUUCGACGAGGAUAUGCUGCACAUAUGGAGUGCCUUGGUCGACAGUGUGUUCCUUCAACGCAACACUGACAAUAGUUUCAGCCUAUCGACAAUUGCCUAUCCGGGUAUUCUGAGUGGAUUCUUGGUGAUCAAGCAGUUGGGUAAUUGGGAGACCGGAAGAAGCAUCGACAGCAAACGUCUAUUCAAGAACAAAAGGGACAACCUAAAUGGAGCUCAGCUGCCCGUCGCCAUUAUGGAACAUGUGCCAAUGGUGCAGUUGGUAGCUGCCACCAGUAGUUACCAGGGUGUGGAAAUCGAAAUCAUGACCGCCUUGGCCAAAGCCCUUAAUUUUCAGCCAAUGUACUAUCAGCUGAAUGAGACCGAUUUCACCGAUUCGGCGGAGAAUGGAACCCGUGCGAUCGUAAUUGGUGAAGUGGCCAAUCAUAAUGCACGAUUCGCAAUUGGUGAUCUGCAUUUGUUUCUGACAUAUUUAGAUUACAUUGAGCUCAGCUAUCCGCACAAUUUUGAAUGUUUGACAUUUCUGACUCCGGAAUCUUCGACCGACACCUCGUGGGAGACCUUCACACUACCCUUCAGCGCUGAGAUGUGGGCAGGCGUAAUGCUCUCCCUCUUUGUCGUAGGCACUAUCUUUUAUAUCAUCUCCUACCUCCAUUCCUCAAUCAUGGACCCUGAGGAAUCCACAAAGGCAGCUACAACUUUUUUCGGCUGCCUUCGAAAGCGUCGGAAGUCCUUCUUCGAUGAACGCCAAUUCCGAAGCGUGAGUUUUCGCAUCGCUUUGACCCGUCGCCGAUCUAAGCUGGUUAUGCCACGCGAUAUCUUCGAUAACUAUGCCAGCUGCAUUCUGCUAACCUAUAGCAUGUUGUUGUAUGUGUCUUUGCCCCGCAUGCCCUACAAUUGGCCGCUGCGCGUACUCACCGGUUGGUACUGGCUAUACUGCCUCUUGCUGGUGGCAAUAUAUCGGGCAAGCUUUACAGCCAUUUUGGCCAAUCCAGUGGCGAGGGUUACUAUCGACACUCUGCAGGAUCUUGUAAAUGCCCGCAUACCACCCACCACGGGAGCGGCUGAGAACAAAAACUUUUUCCUGAAUUCCAGCGACGAAAUCGCUCAAAAAUUGGGCGAUAAAAUGGAGAUAGUGGAACUUAGUGCUGAUCUGACCGCUCGCAUUGAAAGAGGUCAGUGCGCGUACUACGACAACGAAUAUUUUUUGCGCUACAUGCGUGUGGGAGACGAGGAACGGGGUGUGGGCUUCACAGCUCUGCACAUAAUGCGUGAAUGCGUCGUCUAUAUGCCUGUAGUAUUGGGUAUGGAGAAGAACUCGGCCCUGAAGCCACACGUUGACAACUACAUAAUGCGUUUGAGUGAGGGUGGUCUCAUUUCCAAGUGGCUGAGGGACAGCAUUAAUCGUUUACCUGCCGAGGAGGAAGCACCUCAGGAGGCUCUAAUGAAUCUACACAAGUUCUGGAGUUCGUUUGGCGCCCUAGCCAUCGGAUACUUUCUUGCCUGUUGCGCAAUAUUUGCAGAACGUUGGCAUUUCAAGAAAGUGGUGAUGAAACAUCCCAUGUAUGAUGCUUACAAUCCCAGCUUGUAUUACAAUUUUAAGCGUCGAUAUCCAGAUUUAUAG